ACUGUUGUACUAUCACACAUUCACCGAGGGAAGGAAUUACACCAACAAUGAAUAACAAAACUUGUCAAGAUAUCAGCUUUGACUUUCCAAGCAGAUUCCUGCCUCCUGUUUUCAUCUUAGUAUUCAUCGUUGGUCUGCUGGCUAAUGGAUGGGGACUGAAGUAUUUGCUGCACAACUGGAAGAAACUGGGGGACAUCAAUGUUUUUGUUCUGAACCUUGGUCUUGCAGAUAUUUUGUAUCUGCUAACACUCCCGUUUCUGAUGGUGUACUAUUUUAUGAAGAGUACUUGGAUCUUUGGAGACGCAUUCUGCAAAAUAACAAGAUUCUGCUUCAACCUGAAUUUAUAUGGCAGCAUUGGAUUCCUCACUUGCAUAAGUGUGUACAGGUACCUAGCCAUUGUCCAUCCAAUGAGAGUGAGGGGAAGAUUAACUGUCAUCCACUCUGUGGCUAUUUCAGUCAUGGUUUGGCUGUUGGUGAGUGUUCAAAGUCUUCCGGACAUGUUCUACACCAAAUUAUCUGGAAACAAACCUGAGAAAUGCUAUGAUACCACCAAUGAGACAUAUGUUGAGGAUUACUUGAAAUAUAGCCUCGGAUUGACACUUACUGGGUUUUGUCUGCCAUUUCUCAUCACACUGGGUUGCUAUGGACAUGUGAUUGUCAUUCUCUGCUGCAAAAAUACCACUGACAAAGUACUGAAAAAGAAAUGCUUGAGAUUAUUGCUCAUCUUGAUUGUUCUCUUCUCUGUUUGUUACAUCCCCUAUCAUGUGUUGAGGAACCUCAACCUCUGGUCAAGAGUUUUAUUAAAACAUCAGAUUUGUCGUGAAUGGUCUAAUAGAGUCUACAUUGCUCAUCAGAUAAGUCGUGGACUUGUGCGUCUGAACAGUGCUCUCAACCCUCUGGUUUAUUUUCAUGGAAAUGAAGAUAUUCCUGCUCAGCUCAGACAGCUGCUCCAGCGAGCUCGCCAAGCUGCGUCGUGGCUGUUCAUCACCCCUACUCAGUUCUCCCUGGUAUAAAUCGUCUGCUAUUUGAAUGAAUAACAUUGCAACAUUUAUUGUACUGGGUCAAUGUUUUGUCUUAUGUGAUUUUAUAUUUUGCUGUUAACGUGCUAAAAAAAGCUAAGAUUAGAAAACACACUGAAAAAAUACAGGAAGUUGAUGUGUGCUUGAAUGUGUAUACUUAAAUAAACAGGAUGCAAAUUGUAUCAGCGUCACUGAUAACAACAACCCUGCAUCAACUGCACAUCACAGGCAUACCACAGGAAGCUAGUGGUACAAGCAAAGAGCAACACAGUGUUUUCAAAAUCACCAGUAUUGCUGAUCUACUGAGUGAUCAUUUUGUACAGAGAGUUAGGAUAUUUCCACUGCAUUUACCUUUUUUUGUCAUGGCCACAGAGCUGGGUCAUGACAACACAUGGACAAGUGAGAGAUGUCAGUGUUAUUACUCUGUUUUGGGACUUGACGGUUGAUG